AACAACCUCGACGAUAUGCAAACGAUGGACAUCGACGCGUUUUUUCGCGAGCAAGACGAACAUAUGAACAUCCCGGUCAACAGUGACGAGCUUCUGACUCGCUUCAAACCCAAAGGUCCUAUGGAGCGACCACAUGUGGCAUUCGCCUUGCCCACACACAACGACACCGUCGAUCCACCGGCGGUUUUGAAGGGUGGUUCUUCAAAUGAUGAAGUCGAGCCAAUAAGGCCAGCCUUCUUCGGACUCACGUUUUGCCCUCACCAAUCCAAAAGCAGCAUGCCACACUCAGAACGGAGCCCCCGACUCGCUUCAAACCCAGUCAAUGUCUUUGCGAUGCGCGGAGUCAUUGUGGAAGAGACCAAACAACCCAUACCUCGGACGACACUCACACGACUCUCGGCUCAUCUACCUAAUCCCCAAAGCCCUUGUGCUCCAGCGUCUCCCACAUCUAUUGACCACGACACCCUAAAGCGGAAACAGUCGCCGACCAAGCCAGAGAAACCGGCACCAAAGAAGCGCAUUAUCGAUCCACGGGCCGAGCGGGAUUCACCAGAGGGCGUGCCUGCUGCGAAACCGUCCUCGAAACAGCUCAAAUCCCUAACCAAAGUUCUACCGCCACUCGUAUUGAAUCUGCCAAUAGCACCAAUUCCUCCCGCUGCCGAUAUUUCUUCAUCUCCCAUUGAAGAUGCUAAUUUCUCGGUCUUGAUCAACAAAUUCGAGCCUCAAGAAACCUCAACCCAACCACAGAGAGAAGUUGCACGACAACCCACCGAGUACGAGUUGAUGAUGAUGAGGGUCAAACAACGGCAGCAAGAAAAUGCGAACAAGAAACGGCACAAACAUAAAGCCGUUGCGAGACAGGCGAUCGAUCCAGGAACCGCUGGCCCGAGCACGAAGCCAGAUGACGAUAUCAUAUCGAUUUCUUCUUCUCGUCCAGCCUCUCCAGAAAUCAAUCCGGCACGAAAGCCCAGCAAGCCAAAGAAGGCAACAAACGCGAAGCUGACGGCCAGGGCCAAGCCCAAACCAAUCCCUCUCAACCAAACGGUAGCCAAAAAGAAACAAGAAGCUACUCUGAGACCGAGGGAAUACGCGGAGAUGUUGCUGGAGCGACAAGCUCAAGACCCAGACGAUCCCCUCGUCCGGCAGACGAAUCAUCAAUUAGAAGGAUGUACUGUCAUAUACAUUGGACCUGAAAUGGAGAACAUCGCAGCAUCUCCCCUCACCAGAGGUCGUUGGAAAAAACUCAUACAAUACGGUGCCACUCUAUCACCGGUAUUUAAUCCUGAAACCGUGACCCAUAUCGUAUGCGAUGCCGCUGAACCCACUGUCCGGAGAUGGCUCAAUGUCAAGAAACUCUCCCAAGUCCCAAGCCACAUUCCAAUAGUUGGCUGGACAUGGGCACUCCGAGGUGGUCAGCCCUUUGAACAUGCUAUUUUCCCCAAUCAUAUGCCUGAGAUUGAGGGUUUUGCGCCAAGAAAGGGAAAAGAGAAGGACCUCGCGCAGCAACGAAAGAGAUCGACUCCAGUCGACUCGGAGGACGAAGAGUCAGAUUCUGAACGGAGGCGGCACGAAAGACCUUCCAAGAAGCGCCGUGUAUCGUCUCCUGAACAAGACAAACCCCGAGUCCAGAUGUUGAAUACCUCAUUGGAUCCUCUUGCAGAGUUUCAUGAUAUCGUGUUAGCAGACCUUCGGGCGGAGGGAUUGGCCUCUGACUCGGAAGGCGAAGAUUCGAACUCAGCUACUACCCCUGCGAAUGCUGUCUCAUCCACUGGCAAUCCGAACCAGUACAUCAUGGACAAGCUCCAAGAACUCAUGGAGCUACACGAAGCGAAAGGUGCCGAUGGAGACCAAUGGCGCGUCAUGACGUACAAGAAAGUUUUGAGGGCGCUUAAAAACGUCCAUAGACCCAUCAAGACAUACGAAGACGCAAUGAAAGUCCCUUAUGUGGCCGAGAAGACUGCCAAGAAGGCGAGUUUGUCUCGUUCUUAUCUUUGGCGAAGUAAUGCUGAAGACCCAGGGCAGAUCAUGGAAAUUGUCAAUACUGGUGAUCUCCAAAGAAUCAAAUAUGAGAAUACUCCGGAGUUACGUACUCGGAAGGUAUUCCAAGGCGUUUAUGGUGUUGGACCUAUGAUUGCGCAGAAGUUCUAUAACGCUGGUUGUCGGACGUUGUUGGAUUUGGUGGAAGGCAAGGGUGGUAUCGUAUUGACAGAAGCCCAAAAAGUGGGCAUACAAUUUUACGACGACAUCAACUCGCGGAUGCCUCGUGAAGAGGCUCAAGCGCUCUUCGACCUUAUCAAACCUGUUGCUCUCAAAAUCGACCCUAAACUCGAAGUUCACAUUAUGGGGAGUUUCCGACGCGGCAAAGCGACCUGCGGCGACAUUGAUAUAAUGAUUACCCGGGAUCCAGCGGAUGGGAAGGAUCACAGAGGAAUUCUUCACCACCUUUUGAAGGCGUUACAUAAGAAGGGCAUUAUCACCGAAGAUUUAGCUUUGCCUGAGAACCCAUUUGACGAGGAAGCCAUAUAUCGUGGUCUUUGUCGCCUUCCCGACCGGCCGGACUCGAAACGCCGAAGGAUCGACUUCCUCACCAUCCCAUGGAAGUGCCGUGGGGCAGCAUUGUUAUAUUACACGGGAGAUGACAUUUUCAACCGGAAAAUGCGCUACAAGGCAAACAAGAUGGGAUACUCGUUGAACCAGAAGGGGCUUUAUGCUGGUGUAGUGCGCAAUCCGAGUAAAUGGAGUGAGAAGACUAACACCGGCAACGUUAUUGCCUGCGAAACCGAGGAAGAAAUCUUUGCUAAACUUGAGAUACCUUUUCUGCCACCAUGUGAUAGGAUGGGUAAGGAUGUCUCCGUUUACCCAGGCGGGAGUUGA